UGUGAAUGAAAACCUGGCGCCCUGGCACGUGGUUGGUCACUAAAUGGAGACAGUGGAGUUUCACCAGUGCCGGAAGCAAGCGGAUCGGGCGGGUUGGAGGUAGCAGGCUGUUGUUACCUCGCAGUGCCGGAGGAUCGGACCGCUCCGAGCUGCAGCGUUUCUCCCGCCCGAUGGCGAGUCGUGUCCUCCGGUUGCGCCGCCCCUUGGCCAGGCUCUGCUCCACCGCCGCCGCCUCGAAGCAGAAGGGCCGCCCGUCCUCCCUGCCUCCCUUGGGGAGCGUCCGGCGCCCGGCUGCUGCCCCCGGCUCCACCGCGCCUGUCAUCCCGGACUUCAGCAACUACCAUGAAGCGUAUCGGAGCAAGAGCAGCGCUGAGCUGAUGCGGAGCCUGCUGGUGUUCCGACUCUGUUCAUACAGCGUCUUAGUGGAUAGGCACAAGGAGCUCAUCAAUCUGAGCAGGGCGUUGCUGGGGAAAUGGCUCUUCGAGAAGGUCAUGAGGAUGACAUUUUACGGACAGUUUGUGGCUGGAGAGGACCAAGAUGACAUCAAGCCUCUGAUCCGGCAUAAUCAUUCAUUUGGAGUGGGCUCUAUCCUGGACUACAGCGUGGAAGAAGACCUGACCCAAGAGGAAGCAGAGAACAAGGAAAUGGAGUCAUGUGAGUCUCUGGCAGAGAAGGAAGUUAAAGGUGACACUCAUAGAGAGAAGAAAUUUCGACCUCAUCGGCAAUUCGGAGAUCGCAGAGAAAAUGUCAUUAGUGCUCGGACAUAUUUCUAUGCAGAUGAGUCCAAAUGUGACCAAUACAUGGAGACCUUUUUGAAAUGUAUCGCAGCAUCUGGUGGCAGUUCUGAGGAUGGAUUUUCUGCCAUCAAGAUGACAGCACUGGGGAGACCACAGUUCCUGCUGCAAUUCUCUGAGGUAUUGGUUAAGUGGCGUGGUUUUUUCCGGCAGCUUGCUGCUGAGCAGGGAAUGGCAGGUCAGGCUGCUGUGGACACGAAGCUGGAUUUGGAGCGACUGCAGAACAGCUUGGUUAAACUCGGCAUAGCCACCUUGGAAGAGAUCACCCACUGGUUUACUGGCGGGAACAUUAAUCUGUCUGGCACUGUGGACCUGAUGGACUGGAACGAUCUGAUCGAUAACCGUACAAAAGUUGCCAAGCUCUUUGUAGUUCCAAACCUGCAGACAGGUGAGAUUGAACCACUUCUCCUAGAGUUCACAGAAGAGGAGGAGCUGCAGAUGAAAAGGAUGCUGCAGAGAGUGGAUGUCCUGGCAAAGGCGGCCAUGCAGAAGGGGGUUCGCCUCAUGGUCGAUGCCGAGCAGACCUAUUUCCAGCCAGCUAUCAGCAGAUUGACCCUGGAAAUGCAGCGGAAAUUCAACACUGAGAAGCCUGUCAUCUUCAAUACCUACCAGUGCUACUUGAAGGAUGCUUAUGAUAACGUGUCCAUGGAUGUGGAACUGUCCCGCCGGGAAAACUGGUACUUUGGAGCAAAGCUAGUGAGGGGUGCUUACAUGGCCCAGGAACGAAAACGUGCCAGGGAAAUUGGAUACGAGGAUCCCAUCAACAAAACCUAUGAAGACACGAAUGCCACAUAUUCCAGGUGCUUAGAUUACAUCCUGAAUGAAAUCAAAGUGAACAGGAAGGCCAACGUGAUGGUGGCCUCACACAAUGAGAAAACAGUCACAUAUACACUGCACAGAAUGCACGAACUUGGGCUCCAACCGUCAGCUAAGCAAGUCUACUUUGGACAGUUACUGGGCAUGUCUGAUCAGAUCAGUUUCCCCCUUGGCCAGGCUGGAUACCCAGUGUACAAGUAUGUCCCUUAUGGUCCAGUGGAAGAGGUUUUGCCCUACCUGUCCAGACGUGCACAGGAAAACAAGGGCAUGAUGGCAGGAACCCAAAGGGAACGAGAACUCCUGUGGAAUGAGCUGAAACGCAGGAUAUUGAAGGGGGAUCUAUUCAAAGUUGCAUAUUAGAGGGGCGUGUGCAAGAAGAGGGCCUGGCAGUCUGGUUUUAGAAGUGACCACUGAGUGGGGGAGGGGGGUCAUUGUCUUUGUAUGUUGACGCACAAAGUGCUUUAUUAGUGCCGGGGAGGGGGUGCUCUCUUAUCACUUGAUUAGGGGCACUCAAAGCUUUGGGAACCGGUGUUUCCCUCAAACAAAGUUUUACGUAAAACAUAAUUCUGUUUGGCAGGUUUCAGCAUCUGAGCCAUCAUUGGACCUUGUCCUUUCUAUGGUGCUGUGCGAGUGAUCAGCCCUUUCUUUCUACUGUCAACCCACCCAGAGCCAAUCGCAUCUGUUGACAUUUUAGUAGUAUAAAUAUGUAAUUAAAAAUAUGGCAUGAGACUUUCACAAAAAUAAAAUCCUGGCUGGUGUUAAGGGGAUAGUGGGCAUUCUCUUCAUUUUAUUUAACUUUUGGUGGAAAAGCAGCAGGUAAAUGGUGUAGACACCGCACAGAUUUCUGGGAUUUUCGCUGCUGUACUGCAAAAAGGUAUGUCAGGUGAGGUGACACCUCCCUCAGAGACUCCCCCCUCCCCCUCCUCUGGCUCGCUGCAUAAAUUUGUUACUCGUUACUUGAUACUUAAAAUGUGUUUAGCAAUGUAGAAAUCCUUUUAACCAUUCUUUAAUGUAUAUUUUUUUAAAGUAGCAAUGGGUGGACAUAAGAUCCCCUACCCUGAUAUACUUAGUCCAAUAACUUCCUUCAGGUUUCUGGGAGAAGUGUUGGGCCACUCUGCUUCACUGCUUUGCAGAAGGAUUAGAGUUUGGAGGGUCUCCCACGUCACAUGAGGCAGACAAAGCACACUCUUAUGCCUGUUUCCGCUGCUAGUUUUACAUGGGACAGGUUGCUAGCCUGUGACCAGAGACUAUAGCUUGAGGAGCGUUACUCCAAAUCAAGCAUGACUGACGGGAGACUCUCUCUAGCUGCUCUUACCGCCUGCCAUUGACAUAAUGGAAGGAUUUACAGGUUGAUAAUCAACCUGUUUGACUAUGUUAUAAAUACACCCUCCAUGCCACCAAGCCCUGGAGUGGAACUCGAGCCCAGAGCUUCUGGCUUGGAGGUAGGGACAUUACCCACUGCACCACAAGACCUCCCUUGCAGAAGGAUUGCUACGUCCUUACACUCUGACACUGUUUGCAUCUGAACACCAGUGGCUGUACAGAAUGAGACCUUUAUCACUGAUUGAACAUUAGAUACAUUUCACAGAAAUUCUGCCAUGUGUCAUAUGAACUGAAUGCUCCAUUUGGAGUGUGCUUGCUAGGUUUUAACAGUGUAUUUACAUAUGUAUAUGUUAAGUUACUACUGCAGUUACAGAGCAAUGAUGAGUGUGACCUCAAACUAUUGAUCUCAAACUCAGCACUGGUGGUAGAUUGAAUGAAUAAUAUUCAAUUGUAACUUCAUUUAUAAUAUGAAAAUUAACUCUGUUCUGUUAGAUGAUUUAUCAGUGUUCGGGGUAAAUGCAUUUUUGCCAAUCUAACCGUUAACCUGUCAUUGUUUUGUUGCGAUCUGCCCUCAGAAGUUAAGAAACUCUGUUACGCACAAAAAAAAUGAGCCAGUGUCUAUGGAGGGUUAUCCCAAAUGGUGUACAUUAUCCCAUGUGGAGCACUUGAUCUCCCAUCAGCCACUUCCACAUUGAAAGGAAAACUCCUGCCACGUUAUCCCACCAUGCAUUUCAAAGUCAACUGUACCAAAGUUGAUAACGCACUGUGUCAGGUCUGGGAAUGCCUGAUGGGUUAGCAAGUCAUGGAUAAUCCUCUCUCUGAUCCAAAAAUGUGCCUCAUCCUUUAUCGGAGAAGGGUGUUCGUUCCCAGCAGCAGGGACCCUUUGGCCUCGUACAAGUAACAGUGACUACUUAAUGCUAGAUUUAAGGAAGGAUUUCAUUGCAGACAGCAGAGAAAAGAAGGACUGCUGUGGGUGUGCAGGACAUAAGUGGUGGUUCUUAAAUACUUUUGGUUUUCAAAAGGAUCAGUAAACUCGGAUCUCCCCCACAUCUAAAUUACAGGUUGGAUAUCUUAAAUCCAGCUUCCCCCCCCUCAGUGAGACCAUGCUGGAUUUCGGAUUUUCCCAGAUUUUGGAUUAUCCGUCAUUAGAAUUGCGCAGUAUUGCCCAAGGCUCGGUGCUGCUCAGCAGAACCUCACCCCUGCUCCUGUAAUCCGUUCACUGGAUUUGUUGACAAGAAACAGACCCCGGUUUUGGUUGGAAGGAAUUGAAUGGACCCAGCUCCGUUCACAGGAGGGUUAUUUACAAACACUACUGAAUGGGUCCGCUGAAAUUUUAUGAUGUUGGAAGUCUGCGCACAGGACAUGUAACACAGCUCCAUCCCUCUGACUAGCUACUAGUUCUCCGGGGCUGCAGACCCUUGGGGAGAAUCCCGGACACUAUCCCGCCAACAGGCAGCUGUGUUCAUAGAAUAUGUUAAGUGCUGCAUCAAAAGAAUGUUUAAUAAUACUUUAAGCAGGUUUUUACCUGGCUACUUGCUUACAGAUGUAACUGCCUUCAUGCUCCUCUCUGAGGUGAGACAAGCCAGCCCAAUCUGCGCUGUGCAUGUUGUGGUCGUUCUCUGCUCCUGCCUCCUGACUCUCACGAAGCCCUCCUCUGGCUGCCCAUGUAGCUCAACUGUAGGCCGGCCUUCUUGGAAAGCACAUUCACAUUAUUUUGUGGACCCCUUGGAAAGUCUGUAUAGUCCCCUAGGGACCAUGGUUUGAGAACCACUGCUGUGCUGCUGUUGACUUGGAUGUUGAACUGUUGCUGUUAAUUUCUCCUUUGUGCCUUAGGAAGGGAUAUGAUGCCUUAUCCCUUUGUUUUUUUUGGGGGGGUAUUGUUUUUGCCGAUGUUCAUGAAAAUCAUGAAUGGACUGCACUGUUUGACUGUGAAUCGGGGGAUUUGAUGUAUCUGUGGCUGAGGGGAAAGGAUUAACUAAUGGAUGAAAUGCCUGCGGGCAUCUGAUUUUAGUGAAACAAAGAUUUAUGUUUCAGAGGACUUUAAAUGUGGAUUUUAAAGAUUUGGGAAUGUACUCUGUGACGGGGAGAGGGGCGCGUGGCUCAACAAGUCUGAAAUAAGAGAAGCAAAACGAACUUCAGAAAUAUCAGACUCGAACCACUUGUUUAGAUAAGCCCUGUACUUUUGUAAGCCUAUUACAAGUCCUUACUCCUUGAAGGAUGUGAUCAGAUCAGAAUGUCUGCGAAACUGUGGUGAAGUUACCCUUAGUUUUCCUCAAAAGUGCCCAUGGCAUAGUGCCAUUAGGGUCAAGGUUUGAUUAUGUAUCUUAGCUGCUAAUGUAGUGGUGCCUAGUACCAACCCCACAGCAAGAAAACAACUGGCGAGAUCACUAGGCCAUUAGAUUAUUUAAUUGGAGGAAGGGGGUGAUCUGUGGGAACCCUGAUGCUAAGGGGUUUCUUUUAACUUGUUUUUAAAGUUUUCCUGUGCUGUCUACUGAUUGAUCUUUUGUGUGUUCCAUCCUGUUUCAAUAAAUCUAUUUGUGUAUA